CCUCAGGUCCGCGAUGGUUCCCAGAACCGUCAGGGAAUGGUUCCUGAGGUCCCCUCGAGUGCCAGGGGCUGUUAGAAGUACCGGAGCUAGAGCAGCGAAGAAAAGAUAAGUUCCUGUUUCGUGGAGCUUAAUUUUCUGUUGGGAAUAGACAGUCAAUGAACAAGAUACACAAGUAAACGACAUGUAUUAGUGUUAAGAGCUAUGGAGAAAAAAAAAUAGGAAAGUGGGAUGGGAAGGAAGGUGUAGUUCAAUAUUUAAAUGGGACUGGCAGAGAAGAUUUCACUAAGAAGAUAAUAUUUGAGUUCAGAAGACAAAGGGGGCUCAUGCCCUGUGUGCCCACAGGGCGUUCUUGGACACAGCCCAGAGGUCGUUGUGGGGUAAGAUCAGGAGAUGAGCAGAGGUGAGGGCAGGAUGCAGAUCGGGUAGGGCUUCAUGCGUAGGGUGCCCAUGUAAUAUGUAGACCGCUCUGGGUCACUUCUGAGCGAAGGAUAUGCUGUUAAUACUUAUGCUAAGGCAGCAGGCAUAACCUGGUAGCUGGACUGUAGUCGGUGAAUCAGAAGGUAAGUAUGGUUACCUUAAGGGACUUUGAUUUUUACUCUGAGGAAAAUGGGAAACCACUGGACAGUUUUGAAAAGGGAAGUGUCAUGAAUGGAUACUUCCUUUAAUAGCAUCACUCUAAUCUGUUGAGAAUAGAAUGUAGGGGCCAGAACAGAAGCAGACACACCAGUUAGGGGGCCACCAGUCAGGGAGCUGUCGCAAUAAUGCAGGCAAGAGAUGAUGGUGACUUGGACUAGGGUGGUAAAUUGGGGUUGGAUACUGGUUGUAUUUUAAAAGUAGAGGCCAAAAAAAAAAAAAAGUAGAGGCCAAAGGAAUUGCUGAUGCGUUGGAUGUGGGGUGUAAGAGAGUUUUCAAGCACAACCCCAAGGUUUUUGACCUAAGCACCUGGGCAAGUGGGACAAGCACAAGAGGCGUAGGUUGUGGGGGUAUGUUCAGGCGUUGGAUUUUGGAUAUGCCAAGUUUGAGUUGCCCGUUUGAUGUGCGAGCAGAGAUGUUAGUAUGUUCUUGGAAGUCUGAAGUUCAGAAUAGAGAUCUGGGCUGUAGAUACACCCUUAAGGCACUGUUAUAGAGAUGGUAUUUAAAACUAGAGGAUUGGAUGCGAUCACCAAGGGAGUGGGUGUAAGUGGUGAAAAGAUGUCUGUGGACUGAGCUUCCAGUGCUCAGUGGAGCCUCCAGUCCACAGUGGCCUCUUGGCUGUUCCUCCAACACCUAGGAGUGCUCCAGAGUUGAGACAAGAGAUGAGGAAGAACCAGCAAAGGAGACUGAACGGGAGGAUAGUUGCAUUUACCAGGGCUGUGAUUUUGCCAGGAGGUGUAAUAAAGUGAGAGAGGGGCAAGGGAGUGCUUUUCAGUGACUGUGAGCUUUAAGCUGGGUAAGAUGGGAAGUGAGUGGGGGACAGUGGGCAGAGGGCAGGAUCAAUGGAUUGAGGCACCAGUGAGGUGGAGGAGUGUUCGGGUCAGGGCAUGACAAAGACCCUCCCCUUGACCAAACUUCAGUCAGUUUCCUCUGAACCUUCUUCUGGACUAGGCUUCGACCUUAGCCCCCAUCCUUGCUGGGCCUUCCUAGCUCAGUUUAGAGAGAACCCACCCACCCUUCAUAUCUGAUCUCCCUGGCCUGCCUUCAGCAAGGAUCCUGUUAAGUCCCUUUAGCUAGAAUCCCCCAAUGCUUGGUGCUUCCUCCUAGUAAUUUUACAUUCACUGACCCCCUCAUUCUGCUUGUUGGCUCUAAAUCCCCAGCUGUUUUUGCUGUAUUUGGAGUUGAGCCUGUUCUCUCUCCCCUACUGUGAGUCUUGACACCUAUUUCAAUAGCUCUGAAUAAAGUCUUCUUUACUGUUUUAGCAAGUGUCAGAUUAUUUUUUUUCCACAACAGGCAUAACUAGAAGUGGUGAAUGAAAAGAGGAGAGGGUACAUUACUGGUAAUGACAAAGUCUAGGCAUCACCAUUGGGUGGGAUGGAGGGUGAGAUCUAUGGAGAAAUGGAGUUUAAGCACCUGCCAGCCCAGGGUGUUGGAAGUCUCAUCCAUGUGGAUGUUGAAAUCACCAAAAAUUGUGACAGGAGGGAUGUUGGAGAGACCCAGGAGCCAAGCUCCGUGUUGUGGGUAGCAGAGAUGACCAUUGAAAAUGCCAGUUUAACUGCUCAUGAGACCUCUUCCUGGCAAAGCCACAUUUGUGCUGCUUUGAGCCCCUUCCUCUCCUAGGGAAAGGUUGCAGAUAAUUUACAGCCAAAGGCCAGUGGCAGGAAAAGCGGUGUUCAUUUCCUGAGGCUCAAAUGACAGUGUAACCAUAAAGGACUCUAUAUAAAGUUAGGAAAUUAUUACUGAAGUUCUCCAAGCUUCAAUUUGCUAAUGUGAAAAAUGGAAAUCAUAGCGGGAUCUACCUCACAAAGUGGUUAUGCAUAUUUCAUGUAGUACCGUAUGCAAAUAAGUUGUUGAACAUUUCGGUAUUGUUCUCAAGUGCCUAUUAGUUUAUUGAACACUCACAGCAACCUUAACCGGGAGGGUCUAGUUAAUCCCCAUUUUACAGAUGAGGAAACGUUGCCAGGUGGUGCCGACGUUGAUGGCACCUGUAGAGUGAGGAGUGGGUCCUAACUCUCAGAGGUUCAAAAGUCUGGAGGGGACAACGUUGCGGGGAGGCGCGAAAGCGGGCGGGGGACCAGUCCGACCUACGGCAGCUUGCGCCUCCCGGGCUGGCCCGGAUCGGCGGCCAAUGGCUCCCUCUGGUGGCGGAAGAGAGGAGAGCAGCCAGUGGGCUGGACGGGGCGCGAGGGGAGGGCGCCGCAGGGGCGAGGGCUGAGGCCAGGACCUGGUGGGCUUUGCAAGGAUCCGAGAGGCUGGAGGAGUAGGGCCCCGCGUUCCGGGUGGCGCACCUGGGCCAGGUGUUGUGGCCCCGCCCACCUGCCGGAGGCCUUCCGCCGUCACGACACGCCCCUUUCAGCAGUGUCUCCUCCGGACGCCUCCGAGCUCCGAGUGGGGUCCUGCCCGCGCGGCGGGCGCCUGUUUGCACCAGGGUGAUAGGCGCAGUGGGAGCCGUGGCCCACACCCUGCCGGAGACGCACGUCCGAGUGGCGACCCCGAGCAGCACCCGGGUCGCACGUGGGGCGGGAACCUCGCAGGCAGCGAGAGCUGGGUGGGGCGGGGCUUCCCCGGGCUCGCCCACGGGGCGGGGCCGAGCCCGGGGACCAAUGGGGCGUUUGUGUGCUGGGGGUGGGUCAGGCUCGAGGCCUGGCAUCCCGGUAGCCACAGCUGUCUUUCCGGCACUCUUGCCCCCUCCGCCAGUAGCGGACCCUCCGGCUCUCGGGGAUCACUCCUGAGCGGCUGCAUCCUCCGGUGGGUAAGUGAACGCCCUGCCACACCCGGGCGGUGAGGGUGCGCCUGGCCGGGGAGGAGCGAAUCUCGGCCCCCUCCAACCCGCCCCGGGAGAAAGUGGGCAGGAACCGGUGCGGGGAGGAGGACCACCUUGUGUCGCCGGACGGUGUUUUUGUUUUGGUCGUCGAGGAGUUGUUGGGGCGGUGGAGUUUGGGGGACGCCUGUGUGGGUGGGAGGAAUCUGGUGAGAUUAAGGAAAGAGGAGGCUGUUUGAGAUGGGUUGAGGGAGAGUGUUGAUGGAGGGUGGGGCUUUGGAAGAUUCGGAAGUUUCUUAUCGCCCGGGGAUGAGGUGAUUGCAUGGAGGAUCUUGGGGGGCGGCUCAGGACUCCGGAGGAUGGGGUGAGGAGGGCCUCCUGCCCAUCACUCACUUCCCUUCUGGAGGAUUUGCUUCCUCUUGCGCUGCUAGUUAAGAAGGCGGAGGAUCUUUGCACCUUUCCAGAGCCACUGCCAUCCCUAGUCUCAGGGAUACGGGGGAAGGGGUGGCCUCAGGAGCUGGGAGGGGCCAUGGUACCCACUGCUGAGGCUUAAGAGUCUGCCAUUGUUGCGGCAGUGGCCGGGACCAGUCUGCCCUCCACUAACUCUUUGAGUUGUUGGUGAACGUGAGUGUGUCUGUGUGUGUGUUUCCUUUUUGGGGAAGCUUCUGGGUGUUUGGUUAGAGGUGUUUUGUGGGGGGCUCCACGGAGCUGCCUUCCACUCAGCAAACUCUUUGCAGGCUUCAUAACCCAUUGGCGGCUUCCUCUGCCCGCUGUCGACCAUGGCCAAUGAGAACUCUCCUCUGCUGGCCUACCGGCUCCUGGGGGAGGAGGGGGUUUCCUUCCCUGCCGGUGGAGCUGGGGGUCCUGGAGGGGCGCCUGCCCGGAAGCUCUCCACCUUCCUGGGUGUGGUGGUACCCACGGUCCUGUCCAUGUUCAGUAUAGUUGUCUUCUUGAGGAUUGGGUUCGUGGUGGGCCACGCUGGACUGCUGCAGGCUUUGGCCAUGCUCCUGGUUGCCUACCUCAUCCUGGCACUCACUGUCCUCUCCGUCUGUGCCAUCGCUACCAAUGGAGCUGUGCGAGGGGGCGGAGCCUACUUCAUGAUCAGUCGCACCCUGGGGCCUGAGGUCGGGGGCAGCAUCGGCCUCAUGUUCUACCUGGCUAACGUCUGUGGCUGUGCUGUCUCCCUGCUGGGGCUGGUGGAGGCCAUGCUUGAUGUCUUCGGGGCUGAUGCCACGGGGUCCAGCGGGCUCCGCACCCUACCGCAGGGCUACGGCUGGAACCUGCUCUACGGCUCCUUGCUGCUGGGCCUGGUGGGCGGGGUCUGCACCCUGGGGGCCGGCCUCUACGCCCGCGCCUCCUUCCUCACAUUCCUGCUGGUCUCUGGUUCCCUGGCCUCUGUGCUGGUCAGCUUUGUGGCUGUGAGGCCCAGGGACAUCCCCUUGACCCCUAGGCCUGGCCCCAACGGCUCCUCCCUGCCGCCCCAGGUUGGCCACUUCACCGGCUUCAACAGCAGCACCCUGAAGGCCAAUCUGGGCGCUGGCUACGCCAAGGACUACACCACGGGGGCCACGAUGACCUUUGCUAGCGUCUUUGCCGUCCUUUUUAACGGCUGCACAGGCAUCAUGGCUGGGGCCAACAUGUCAGGGGAGCUGAAGGAUCCCAGCCGGGCCAUUCCUCUGGGCACGAUUGUUGCCGUUGCCUAUACUUUCUUCAUCUACAUCCUGCUUUUCUUCCUCUCCAGCUUCACCUGCGACAGGAUCCUGCUGCAGGAGGACUACGGGUUCUUCCAAGCCAUCAGCCUGUGGCCCCCGCUGGUGCUGACCGGUAUCUAUGCCACGUCGCUCUCAGCCUCCAUGAGCUCCCUCAUCGGCGCCUCCCGCAUCCUCCACGCCCUGGCCCAGGACAACCUCUUUGGAGUGAUCCUGGCGCCAGCUAAGGUUAUAUCCCAAGGGGGGAACCCCUGGGGAGCCGUGCUGUAUUCUUGGGGCCUAGUGCAGCUGGUGCUCCUGGCUGGGAAGCUGAACACGCUGGCCGCUGUGGUCACUGUCUUCUACUUGGUGGCCUAUGCUGCCGUGGACCUGUCCUGCCUGAGCCUCGAGUGGGCCUCAGCCCCCAACUUCCGCCCCACCUUCAGCCUCUUCUCCUGGCACACGUGCUUGCUGGGGGUGGCCUCCUGCCUGCUCAUGAUGUUCCUCAUCAGCCCCGGGGCCGCUGGCGGCUCCCUGCUUCUCAUGGGCCUGCUUUCUGCCCUGCUCACGGCUCGAGGAGGCCCCAGCAGCUGGGGUUACGUCAGCCAGGCCCUGCUUUUCCAUCAGGUGCGGAAGUACCUGCUCCGGCUGGACGUCCGGAAGGACCACGUGAAGUUCUGGCGGCCUCAGCUGCUGCUGCUGGUGGGGAACCCCCGGGGCGCGCUGCCUCUGCUGCGGUUGGCCAACCAGCUCAAGAAAGGGGGCCUCUAUGUGCUGGGCCAUGUCACCCUGGGAGACCUCGACUCCCUGCCCUCGGACCCCGUGCAGCCGCAGUACGGGGCGUGGCUGAGCCUGGUGGACCGGGCCCAAGUGAAGGCCUUCGUGGACCUCACCCUCUCGCCCUCCGUGCGCCAGGGGGCUCAGCACCUGCUGCGGAUCUCAGGUCUUGGUGGCAUGAAGCCCAACACGCUGGUCCUGGGUUUCUACGACGAUGCUGCACCCCAGGACCACUUCCUGACGGACCCAGCUUUCUCUGAGCCUGCGGAUGGCAUCCAGGAGGGCGGGUCCCCAGCCCUGAGCACCCUGUUCCCUCCACCCCGGGCUCCAGGAAGCCCCCGGGCUCUCAGUCCCCAGGACUACGUGGCUACAGUGGCAGACGCCCUGAAGAUGAACAAGAAUGUGGCUCUGGCCCGGGCCUGUGGAGCCCUGCCCCCCGAGCGGCUGCGCCGGGGGUCUGGGGGCGCCCCUCAGCUGCACCACGUGGACGUGUGGCCCCUCAACUUGCUGCGGCCCCGGGGCGGGCCCGGCUACGUCGAUGUCUGCGGCCUCUUCCUGCUGCAGAUGGCAACCAUCUUGGGCAUGGUGCCUGCUUGGCACAGUGCCCGCCUGCGGAUCUUCUUGUGCCUGGGGCCUCGCGAGGCGCCAGGGGCAGCCGAGGGGCGGCUGCGGGCACUGCUGAGCCAGCUGAGGAUCCGGGCCCAGGUGCAGGAGGUGGUGUGGGGCGAGGGGUCUGCGUCGUCCCAGGAGCCUGAGGAGGAGGAGGAAGGGGACUUCAUGAACGGCAGGCGGGGAGACGCCGAGGCAGAGGCCCUGGCAUGUAGCGCCAACGCCCUGGUUCGGGCCCAGCAGGGGCGCGGCGGAGGAGGGGGGCCUGGUGGCCCUGAGGGUGGGGAUGGCGAGGAGGGGCCCGCCACCGCCCUGACCUUCCUGUACCUGCCCCGGCCACCUGCUGACCCUGCUCGCUAUCCUCGCUACCUGGCGCUGCUGGAAGUUCUGAGCCGCGAUCUGGGCCCCACGCUGCUCAUUCAUGGCGUCACCCCUGUCACUUGCACUGAUCUCUGAUGCCCGUUCCAAGUAGAGAGUGUCUAGGUAAUCUUAAUCGGGUGGCCCACCUUGAUUAUGGGGUGAGGAGGGGAAGGGCCGCCUUCCACCCGCCUGGCACGUGGGACUCGGACCCUGGUGGAGGUAUUAGGGGAUCCUGGUCUCUGUCAUCUCUCGGUCUCUGGGAGAGGGGCCCCGGUGCACUAACUAACGCAGGGCAGCUGUCCCCGCCACCACGGGGGAGGGCUCCCUCCCCCACUGCACUCCCUCCCUUCACCCGUGCCUUGACGGGGGCUGGGUCUCCGCUUGUGACUCUAGGCUACCUCAGUCUCCCCACCUCGCCCAACAGACUCCCCGACCACUGGGGUUUUGAUGUUUUUGUUCUGUUUUAUUUUUCUAACUGCCGAACGUGAAUAAAAGAUCAAAACACUA